UGCUGUCCGCAUGAAGCCACCAAUGCAACCCCUAACCCAGGCCCUGCCCUUCUCUCUUGGAAAUGUCCUUCGAGGAACUGGUCUCCAGGUGCCGGUCGUUAAGAUGGGCACAGGGUGGGAGGGUUUACAUCGAACCCUGAAGGAAGUUGCCUACAUCCUCCUCUGUUGUUGGUGUAUCAAGGAACUGCUGGAUUAGCGGUAUUGGGGACCAUCUGUCACCCCUGACACCCAGACCUGCAUCCCUCAGCUCUAAGACUCCCGGAGCCAGCUGCCUCUCGACAAGGAUGGCCUCAACAAGUGAAGGGGGAAAUAUGGACCCUGCUUUGAGUUGUCCGUCUGUCUGACCUGCCUCAUCCUGGGGCACCCAUCUCCAGCUCCCGUCUCUGGUGUACUUCCGGUAGGCACGAGCUUGGCUUGCUGGCUAAGACUCCAACAAGAUUGCAGCAGGAUCUAGUACUCUUCAAAAUUGGCACAGUGGGCCCACCAACUCAGAUGAUUAAUCUUACCAUGUACUUGAAGAACCAGGAGUGGACUGCCCCUAAGACCUCUGAUAAUCACUGAUCUACACAUAUAAUAAAUGAGCCUUGAGGCCAAAAAUUCUAAACGUCUAAGGGGAAUGGGGGCAAGCAUGCCCAGAAACGGCUUUAGAGCCAGGGCGCCGGGCAAGGAAGAAGGGUGGAUCUCUGGAGAAGUGAGACUGAGAACCAGGUUUGCUGACUCUGGUGCUGGGAUAGAAGAGGCAAACAGAAGGGCCAGGUUCCUCCCAGCCUCUGUGUAGGGUGGGCAGAAUGGAUAGAGCCGUAUUCUCUGAGGCCUGGGGUACACCUCCUUCAGGACACAGUCUGAGGAGGUAGGCUGACUCCUCACUUCCCCUCAGCUGCCACCAGCAUACGCUCUCCUUCCAUCAAGAGCAGUUGAUGGACGGGUGGUGGUGGCGCAUGCCUUUAAUCCCAGCACUCGGAGACAGAGGC